CUGAACUCCAUACAUGGCUGAGAGGGCGGGUCGAGCGGAAGGUGGUGGAGCGCUGGGCAAGGAAUUGUACUUAUUAGCGCAAUCAACCUAAUUUGUGCGCUGCGACGUCGCUUCUCGCUCGCUGGGCGUCUUGGCCGCCGCGGUGGGUUGUACAUGGUGCAUGCUCGCUCGCCUCCACUACCAUGUUCGAGUUUGAAAGCAAUGUCGCGCUGGCUUGGAACACAUGCGAAUGAUGCGGGUCACGCUCUUAGGGCGAGCCGCAGUGCCGGGUCUCAACCGAGCCGCACGAAGCGACGUCUCCACUUGUCUCGGAGCGGCGAAUUAUGCGGCGAAAGGUGGCUCGUGUGCACGCAGCUGCAAGGACUGGUGCUGGUGGCAUGAUGUGCGGAUCCAUGUCGAGCGUGCGCCGCGGGCUCGCUGCCCUCUUUCUUCCGCGUGGCUAUCCGGCGUCCGUCUCGAGCGAUUACGCGGCGUACCAGGCUUGCGACACGCUCCAGGGCCUCGCAUCGUACGUGGCCGGAUCACUAUCAUCGCGGGCGAUUCUCGCCGGCCUCGGCGUUGGAUCUGCGACGGCAUCUGCUGCAGGCGCGGUGUCGGUCACCCUCGUCCGCGACGCCAUCGGCAUGGCGGCGUCGGUCGGGUGCGCAGCGCUCGCACCGCGAUCGAUGGAAGCCUUUCCGCAAUGGUGGCGACUGGUGGCGGAUGUGCUCAACGACGCCGCACUCUUUGCCGAGCUCCUCUCGGCACUCCUGGAUCCGAUCUGGUUUGUGUGGCUGGUAUGCGGCGCGGCGCUGAUGCGGGCGGUCGUCGGCGUUGCCGGCGGAACGAGCCGGGCUGUCUUUCGUGCCCACCAGGCCCGCAACGCCAAUCUCGCCGACGUCAUAGCCAAGGACGGCUCACAGGAGACCUUUGUCUCACUCCUCGGCCUCCUCCUCGGCCUCCUCCUCGCCCCAGUCCUCGACCACGCAUCGUCUGCGGCAUGGGCUGUUUUUGCCGCCGCCACCGCCCUCCACCUCGCCGCCAACUGGGCCGCUGUCUCGUGCCUGGUCCUCGACUCGCUCAACGAGCAGCGGAUGGCUGCACUGCUUGCCGCCGACACUGCUCCUGCCAAUGACCAUCUUCCGUCGCCUGCUCAUCUUGCCGCCACUCUGCCCUUAUCGCCAUGGGCUGCCGCCGACGUCCCGUUUGCGCUCGGCGCUCCGCUCAGCUGUCUCGGGCCGGACGGCUCGUGCGAGAUUGCCGCCUGUUGGGACGAGCUCGGCUUUAUUGUUGAUGCCCAUGGCCACGCCGCGCUCUUUGCUGGCGUCGACGCCACAGGCUCGCUCCUGGUCAAGGCCGCAUACUUUGCCGCCGCCGCCGCCCGCGACGGACGCGGUGCCGGCGACGUCGGCGAUCAUCUCUGGAUCGCCGCCACACAGUCCCGCUGGUGUGCCUUUGCCGCUGCUGCCCAUCGCGCAGGUUGGGACGUCGACCAUCGUGCCGCUCUCCACCUCGGGACGGGGCCACGAGUCGCGUUCUGCCAGCCUCUCUCAACCGCCGCUACGGGGUAA